CCGCCGGCUGUCUUCUUCUCUCUCGUGCGUGGGUUUAGGUGUUACGAUUGAAUUAGCUGCGACCAUUGUUUGAGAGGUGUUACGGAUUGAAAUCGCUGCAACCACUGUUUGAGAGUAAACAGGAAAAUCUUGUAAGGAAAUAAAUAUCGAUGAUUGGACAAAUUUGAGUAAAAAGGAUAUCCUGCUAGGCAAAUUUCGCCACGAGAGACGAAGAUUCAGAACUCGAAGAUAGUGAGAAAUUAUAAGCGAAAGAAGGAGAGCAGAUAUCGAAAGUGCGGGGUUUUUGAAAAGGCUCGAGGAAAUGAGACAAGGACCAUGUUCUGAAGAAGGUUGCUUUACCGUGUUGAAGCUGUUCGAGCAUGUUCUUGAAUCUGACCCUCUUAUUGAUGAAGUAGGUUUUAUUCACCCCUCACAGUUCAACCUGCUGGAUGAAGAAGCAGGUUCCUCCAGUGUCUAUCAAAAUGAACUCCAGCCUAACAAUGGAACCUCAAGAAAAUUCUGGAAUCAAGAUCACAAAUUGGGAAUAUCAACUGAUGUACUUGUUCAAUUAUGUAAAGAUGCCAAACAUGUGUUUCUGCUUGCGUUUGAGGAGUACAAACGCCAUGGAAACGCUUGUAAUGAGUCUCAAAUUGAGAAUUUCUCUUGUUCCCCCGGUACGCCCGAGAUUGAAGUUAUGAGGCAUAGCCAAGCUGUUUUGCUGUUAAGUUCAGACUUUGGAACUGCAUGGAAUGCUAGGAAGUUGAUAUUAUCAAAAAAGGAUCAACUUUCGGCAUUCACGGAAGAACUUCGUCUCUCUGGGCUCAUUCUUUCAAAUUCUCCUAAGAGUGAGUCAACAUGGAGCCAUAGAAGGUGGAUAAUUAAGAUGAUUUCUCAGAGAUUUUCUACACCACAAGUGAUUAUAACCAAAGAAUCUGAGUUAGUGGAAUCAAUAGGCGAGAGAUCAAAGAUGAACUAUCGUGCAUGGUAUCACCGUUGCUGGUUGGUGAUACAAGAGUUGAACAAAUCUAAAAGGUGGGCCGGGCUUCAUGUAGCCGAUAGUUCUUGCUUCCAUUAUCGUAGACGGUUGAUGCUCAAGAUUUUGGAGUCACUUUAUGUGAAAGGAGGCAAUGCUUAUGAUAAAUCUGAGGCACGUAAAAUCUGGAAGGAAGAGCUGGAUUGGAACAAAGAAUUGGUAGAACGUUACGUGGGACGAGAGGCCCUAUGGCUUCACCGGCGGUUCCUCUCUCUUAAUUGGAUAAUAUAUUUCGCUUGCAAUGAUUCAGAUGUUUCACCUGAACCCGGAGAGAGUAUCAUUAUGAAUGAAGAAAUUGCCAUCUUCAUUGAUAACGAGAUCCAUCUUCUAGAAUCUUCUAUGACCGUUCCGGAUACCAAAUUUGAAGAUUUCCAAGCUCAAGCAUUGCAUGCUGGUGUCUACAUGCUAUGGCUGACAAAGAAAAUGCCAGAAUUGUGGAGAAUGGUUGAGGAGAAGCUUGGAACAGAGAAAGUGAAGUGUGUACUGAGCACAAUUGCUCAAGGAGACCCUCACUUUUGCAUCAUUUGGUGAAUGUCUGAAGAUUCUUUUGAGAUUUCAAAAUGCUAUAUCUUUUUAUAUAUUUACGUUAAUAGCUACAAGACUGCAUUCUCCAUAAAUUGUUGUCAAACCAUGUCUCAGAAUCUCUGUUUGACAUUUUUCAUUUGCCGACAGAGCUUAAUAAGUUGAUUAAUGAAGAAGUGUUGUUGUU